GCAUGGCUGUUGGGUUGGUGAUGGUCAAAGGUUCGUCCCAUUCAGCUUUAACGACGCUUGGCGAGCUGGAAAACAAAAUGAUACACUUUUCAUAUAGUACGCUCGUAAAAAAGUAGACAGAAGAAACCAAUGAGCCCGAGCCAGCCCCACAAGCUCCAGAUAAUCAACAGUGUUCGUAUAGGAUUGCAACUUCACAAGACAGACCAGACGCUCUCUCAGGGUCUACGUCUACUCCACGACACGUUUACCACGAGAAGGUUUACUCGCCAUCCUGAUACUCCUCGCCGUCGUCGCUGUAUCGAUUCGGUAAAUAUUACAGGUUCAAGGGGAGGAAAAGGAGACAAGUGCCGUUGAAAUAAAAGACUACUCGUAGAGAAAAAAAAAAAAAAAAAGAUGGACGAUGCAGGAGUCGGUGGUGGUGAAAAGUACAGCUGGAGGGAGAACGGCGAGAGUCCGAGCCAGGUGGAGGCUAGAAGGCUAACCAAAGCCUCGAGGAACAAGAUAUGCACGGCCGUGCGUACCAAGUACCCGAAGAAGAGUAUGUGCACCAAGGCUAUGGUCCUUAGCGACCUCAUCAGUCAUUUCGCCAAGAGAAAUCCCAACUCCCACAGCGCCUGUCGCGAGGCAUUGCAGAACAAAAGUCUACACAUAAUAAAGAAACCAAAGCUUUCGGUCGUGCCGCUACGAGGUGAGAGUAUUAAAAAAGCGGCGGCUAUGCUGCUAAACAGUGCCAGUGAGAAUCAAGUCUCGGAACUCGUGACAGUCAUGAAAUCGUCGAAAUUCAAAAUCACGGACCAGCGUAACGCGGGUGACUUAAGUGCCGCGCAGCAGGGCAUUUCCUCGCUCAGCUGUUACGACAAAACGCCGCGCGAAUUGCGGCCCGAAAUCGGUGACUGUGAGCCAGUGGACUGCUAUCAACCCGAGGUCACGAGAAAAUUGGAGGACAUUAGUAUCGAGUGCGAUUUCUACGAUGUGAGUGGAGCGAAAACCACGACGAUUGACUGCGACGAAAUAUGUAAGAAGGUCGAAGGUUCGAGCUUGCAUACCGAGGCUUUACAGAUUUGUGAUUAUUCGAGCCGAUUUAGACCGUACUGCACGAAUACGACAAAUCCCGAAUUGAACGCUAAUCUAGAGGAAUUCGUGUCUGAACUGUCGAGGCUGCAGAGAAACUUGUACAAACGGGACAAAUCGAAGGGGAGGUUUCGACGGCGAUAUUACGCCGGUUUUCGGGAAAUUGAAAAGCGCUUGCAGUUGAAAAAAAUCAAACUCGUCAUUGUAGCGCCAGACAUAGAUACGAACAAAAACAAUGGUGAACUGGAUAAAUUGGUAGGUCGGUUUAAAGACGCUUGUGGGUUGCACGAGGUGCCCUGUGUCUUUGGGCUGUCACGCCGUAAAUUGGGAUAUUUAACACACGGCAAGGGCUUCGUCAGCAGCAUCGGCGUCGCGAAUUACGAGGCUCUCGAAGAUAAGUUGGGGGCUGCUUUGGUAAAGGUUGCCGAUGCCAAGAACCAGCUUAGGAUAUUAAAAGGCGAGCCAGACAAACAGAUUAAUGUGGAGGCUAUUUUAGAGAACGACCUUUUGCCCUCCGAACGUGUCAAAGUUUUGUUGAAAACUUUGGCAGUGCCUUUUUAGAUGCUUUACAUGCAAACAGAA